GGCGUGAAGACAGCGGGCGGCCUGGCGUCUGUCUUGACGCUGGGAUUCAAUCCUGAGGAACAGAGCCAAGGGGUGUCACGACUGUGUUUGAGACUUGGCGCCCUCGAGGUCGUCCGUUGUCGACCUCUGGCUUGUCUGGCGAUCCGCAAGGGCCAAUCGAUCGAUGUGCCGGGGUACGGUGGGAAGGCAAAGAAGCUUCCGUCAUCGCCCCACUUUUUCUAGUUUCCUAGGCGAUCCAUGCUUUCCCUAUGAUGCUUCCUCGCCAACCGCCAUCCUCCCAUUGCUGCUGUUGCCAGUCUGUCGAUCGCUUGGAAUUUAUUGCCUACAUACGACUGCCGCUCCGAAGUCCCCGGCCUGUUGUAAAAAGCUGGUCUUCUCCACCCAAAGUUUCCCAUCUUUCUUUGUCUUUCAACAGCCAACUUGUUGAUCCCACCAAAAAUCAAUAGCUUGCAUCUGGCCUCGCCUCCCUCGAAUCGAGUUAUCGAGAGCUACGAGACACUUUUAUUGCAGUCGCA